AUGAGAUAUCCGGGCGAUAUAUAUUUUGAACAUCCACAAAAUGUAUCUGUUAUGACUUAUCGAGGCCAUAAUGAAUCAAAUACAGAUAAUGAUGAACUUAAUAACUUGGAAAAAAUAAAUGCAGUUUUGAAAAAAGAUGUUACACAUUUCAAGGAAAGAGAAGCAAUUCUAAGAAAGAUUCAAUUAUAUCAAGCUAAAAUUUCAAGUGCACAAUAUUCAUUUGCGGGGGCUGCAUUUGAGGAAACAAAGAGAGAAAAAAGGGCAGUUGAACAACUUCUUCAAGAAAAUCAACUUGUUAAUGACAGUAAAAGGUUAAUAUUUAUUGAUUAA